CUGAAGCCCCGAAAAAAAAAGGGGGCAAUAGUAAAGUCUAAAAAUGGCCAACAUUCCUGCUAACGUGAGCCAAAAUGACCCUUCUAGACCCGCUAAUGUGCGCCGGGAGGAGACCACUCUAAGCUGUAAUACUUCAAGUCCUACAACCACCACCACGUCACCGAUAUCGGAGGGGUUUUCGGGUCAAUCCGGAUCGCCCAGUCCUACUCAGCACCCGAAAUAUCGUGGGGCUCGGAGCCGGAGCGGGAAAUGGGUAUCCGAGAUACGCCAGCCUCGUAAACCCACGCGCAUUUGGCUCGGCACGUUCCAGACGCCGGAGAUGGCGGCGGCUGCGUAUGACGUGGCGGCGUUGGCUCUGAAGGGGCCCGAUACGGCCCUGAACUUCCCGAAUUCGAUUCUUUCUUAUCCGAUACCGGCCUCGAUGUCGCCCAACGACAUACGCGAGGCGGCGGCGUGCGCAGCGGAGGCUAGGCUGCAUAGAUCGUCGGAGGGUAGUAGCAGCGGUCAGGAAACGACAUGUCGUAGACGUAGUGAGGAAGAGUUUGUAGACGAAGAUGCGUUAUUGAAUAUGCCGAAUUUGCUGGUGGAUAUGGCAGAAGGGAUGCUUGUAAGCCCUCCCAGGAUUCAGUCAAAGUCGUCUUCUGAUGAAUCUGGUGGUGAUGGUAAUGUAGACGGAGAUGGGUUAUGGAGUUAUUCAUAAACUAAAACCCUAUGCUCUAUGAAAAUUCGAGUUGUAUUUGUUGUAUUUUUCUGCUGUAUUGUAUAUUGUGU